AUGCGUUGUUGCGGCGGGAGUGGUACUAGAGAUCGUGCUCUUGUGGACAUCCUGGAUCACGACUCCACCACCGUCCUGUCAGCCACAUAUGAAGCACAAGGCGGAGGGUUGCGUCUACCGCCACCAGCUGAGACGCAUACCAAAGUGCUCGUAUAUGGGGCGCCCUUCGUUGGCCUCAUUGAUGUUGGUAAUGCCGAGGAAGGUCAAGAAGGGGCUGUUGGCAGUCGUGAGAAGAAUUAUCAUCGCAAGCGGUCAUUCAGUUUUAAUGCUGAUCAGCCACGUGUGGUUAGCAGUAAGUCGACAGGAAAACGAGAUGGUGCUUUGGUGAGUGCCCCUAUUGUAUUGGAGGGAGGCGUGCUGGCUAAUCCGGAGCUUGACAGUUUCCUCACUAGAUAUACACGUUAA